AUGCCUUCUCGCCUCCUCACCAUGGCUACCGCCGUUUCUGGCGCCGCCGCCGCCUUCCAGGGCUUCAACUACGGCUCUACCUUCACCAACGGCAUAGCCAAGACACAGACCGACUUUGAGAAUGAGUUCAAGACUGCUGCCGGCCUUGAAGGCACCAACGGCCGCUUCACCUCUGCUCGUCUGUACACCAUGGUCCAGGGCGGCACCGGAAGCGAUGUCAUCUCUGCUAUUCCUGCCGCUAUCAAAACCAAGACGAGCCUGCUUCUUGGUCUCUGGGCCUCAGCCGGCGAGGCCUCCUUCGCCAACGAACUGAAAGCUUUGAAGACGACCAUUAACCAGUACUGCGGCCAGCUUGAUGGUCUUAUUGCCGGCAUCUCUGUCGGCUCUGAAGAUUUGUACCGUAUCUCACCCACUGGCCAGGCUGCCUCUCCUGCCCCUGGUGCUUCGCCCACCCAGCUGGUCAACUACAUCAAGCAAGUCCGCGACACCAUCAAGGGCUCAUGCCUGGAAAAGGCCUCCAUCGGCCACGUCGAUACCUGGACUGCCUAUGUCAACGAGACCAACAAGCCCCUCAUUGACGCCAUUGACUGGGUCGGCAUGGACGCCUACCCUUACUAUGAAAACACCAAGCCCAACGGCCUCGAGAACGCCGCCAAGCUCUUCCGGACCGCCGUCGACAACACCAAGGGCGCCUCCGGUGGCAAGCCCGUCUGGAUCACGGAGACGGGCUGGCCUGUCAGCGGUCCCACGUACGGCUCUGCAGUGCCAGGUGUCGAUGAAGCUCAGACUUUCUGGCGUGAAGUCGGCUGCCCCCUUUUUGGCGACACCAAUGUCUGGUGGUUCACUCUGCAAGACGGUGCUCCCACCAUCCCCAGCCCUGCCUUUGGUGUCAUUGGCUCCAAUCUCACCACCACGCCUCUGUACGACCUGUCUUGCGACGAGAACAAGCCCACUAGCAGCAAGGCCGCCCAGAGCUCCCAGACUUCUGCUCAGUCCCAAGGGCCAACUGCCACUGGACCUGCCGGAACCUCUGCCCAGGGAAGCACUGCUCAGCAGACGACAGUCCCAGCUGCCGGUACCACCCAGCAGGGUGGACAGUCUAACACGGCGGUUCCUCCCCCGGCAAGUACCCUGACCACCGCCAACGGCGGCAGUGGUGGCAAUGGCAGUAACGGCAGCAAUGGCAACACCGGCAGCAACGGCGGCAAUGGCAACAACGGCAGCAACGGCGGUAACGGCAGCAAUGGCGGUAACGGCAGCAAUGGCGGUAAUGGCAUCAACGGCGGUGGUGUUGUCAACGGCAGCACCACUUACAUUGUUCCUGGCCAGGGCACCGCUACCGGUACCGGUGGUCUGCCUGGUGUCACGGUUCCUCCCAACGCUGGCAACAAGUUGAGUGCCUUUGCGGGUGUUGCUGUCGGUGCUGUCAUGGCUGUCGCUGCUUUGUAA